ACGCCGCGCGCUGCUGGGACCGCAGCGGCCCCGCGUGGCCACUGACCUUGUCUGUGGCUGGGCUGGGGUGGGUCCGGGAGGUGGAGCUCCGCCCCCGAGCCGAGACUGGCGGACGCGCAGGCCAAUCGGCGCCGCCCUUGCCCGCGGCCCCGCCCCCGGGUCCGGCCAGAGCGCGCGAGCCGGCUGCUCAGAGGCGGUGGCUGAGGCGCGGUCCGGGCUCUGCGGCCAUGCCCUCCGGGACCCACGCAGCUGCCCCGCGCCCCGCGCGGCCCCAGUAGGCGACGCGGCGGCCAGGGGGGCCGGCCAUGCUGCUGGAGGCGCAGGACGCGCUGUACGUAGCGCUGGAGCUGGCCAUCGCCGUGCUGUCGGUGGCGGGCAACGUGCUGGUGUGCGCGGCGGUGGGCACGGCGAGCGCGCUUCAGACCCCCACCAACUACUUCCUAGUGUCACUGGCGACGGCUGACGUCGCCGUGGGGCUGUUCGCCAUCCCCUUUGCCAUCACCAUCAGUCUGGGUUUCUGCACGGACUUCCACGGCUGCCUCUUCCUCGCCUGCUUCGUGCUCGUGCUCACGCAGAGUUCCAUCUUCAGCCUCCUGGCCGUGGCCGUCGACAGGUACCUGGCCGUCUGCGUCGCGCUCAGGUAUAAAAGUUUGGUCACUGGGACCCGAGCAAGAGGGGUCAUUGCUGUUCUCUGGCUCCUUGCAUUUGGCAUUGGAUUGACUCCAUUCCUGGGGUGGAACAGUAAAGACACUGUCACCAACAAUUGCACAGAACCUUGGGAUGGAACUGUCAAUGAAAGCUGCUGCCCUGUCAAGUGCCUCUUUGAGAAUGUGGUCCCCAUGAGCUACAUGGUAUAUUUCAAUUUCUUUGGGUGUGUCCUGCCCCCACUGCUCAUAAUGCUGGUGAUCUACAUCAAGAUCUUCUUGGUGGCCUGCAGACAACUUCAGCGCACCGAGCUGAUGUUCCACUCGAGGACCACCCUCCAGCGGGAGAUACACGCAGCCAAGUCACUGGCCAUGAUAGUGGGGAUUUUUGCUCUGUGCUGGCUACCAGUACAUGCCAUCAACUGUGUCACUCUUUUUCAGCCAGCCUGGGCUAAAAAUAAGCCCAAGUGGGCAAUGAAUAUGGCUAUUCUACUGUCACAUGCCAAUUCAGUUGUUAAUCCCAUCGUCUAUGCUUACCGGAAUCGAGACUUCCGCUAUACUUUUCACAAAAUUAUCUCCAGGUAUGUUCUCUGCCAGACAGAUGUCAAGAGUGGGAAUGGACAGGUAGGGGUGCAGCCUGCUCUCAAUGUGAGCCUAUGACCUAGGCUCUGGCCUCUUCCAGGAGCAGGCACAAAUGAACAAUUAACAAAGAACAGGACAAGACUGAUUCUCAUUGUGUUGGAUGGGCUACACCUCACAAGUAUAUGGGUUGCCUCUUCUGAGCACUUCCCUGCAAUUACCACUUAUCUAGCUAGUAUGUAUGUGUUAUUAGUUGGCUCUAAGGGUUGACAGAUGUAUUUAUGAUCUAUAUGGCUGCUCUUACUACGUGGAUGAUGCCGACAACUUGAAUGGAUUUUAAAAGACUAUUGUUUUUAAAAGUCUGCCUUAUUUAUGGUAGAAAUUGUCAAAACUAUUUUACUGUGAAACACUGUGAACUAUUUUGCAAAUUUUUUAAAACUUAAGAGGCAAUAGAAAAAUAAAAGUUGGCUGUACUAAAAAUGUA